AUGAAGUCCUGGUCCGCACUCCGUGGCUUUUUACAUCCGCAUCGAGUAAAAAAUCAGUCUUCGAGCAAACCAAAUUACUUGUUUACUUGGAACUCUCUCCCUCGUCGAGUUAUCUCAACGCACCGAUCUUCUAUCCAAGAAAUUCUUCAAAAUACAGCAUCUAGCCAAAACAGUCCCAACGUGACUCUAACUGGUUGGAUUCGCUCAUUACGAAAACAUAAGAACUUCGUGUUCCUUCAACUCUCUGACGGAUCUAUUAGCAACCAUAUACAAGUAGUAUGCAAUGCACAUGUAUAUGAUGACUGCGAAGCAAAAUAUGGUAGUAGUGUAUUAGUUGAAGGGAAACUUAUCUCGAGUCCUUCAUCAAAUCAUGACGUUGAAGUUGAAGCUGGCAAAAUUCAUGUCCUUGGAGAUUGCGAUCCUCACCUCUACCCAUUCAAAGCAAGGAGAAAACACACGCUUGAUUAUGUCAGGGAUUAUCUUCAUUUGAGACCACGUACUAAUUAUUUUAGUGCUGUCCUGAGAAUGAGAAAUGCUUUGUCAAUGGCUAUACAUGAAUAUUUCCAAAACAAUGGGUACUGUUUUAUUCAUACACCAAUUCUGACACCAUCUGACUGCGAAGGAGCUGGUGAAGUAUUUCUUGUUGAUUCUGUUGCAUCUAAUAACCAAUCUAAAUUAGAAACUGUUAAACACAAAAAUUUCUUUAACCAAAAUACAUAUUUAACUGUUUCAGGACAACUCCAUUUAGAAGCUAUUUGUGGGUCUUUUCGUCGUUGUUAUAGUUUUGGGCCAACAUACCGAGCUGAAAAGUCAACUGGUAAACUUCAUUUAGCAGAAUUUUAUAUGGUUGAAGCCGAAAUAGCAUUUCUGGAUAAUGGUCUUGAUGGACUAAUGACUAUUCUACAAAGUCUUAUUAAAUCUACCUUUAAACAGUUACAAGAUAAACAUAUAACAGAUAUGAAUUUUUUUUUUAACCAGAUGCCGGAAAAAUACAGAAAAAUGCUUGAAAAUAUGAUAGACAUUGAUUUUCAGAAAAUAUCCUAUACAGAUGCGAUUAAUUUAUUGAUAAAAUAUAACGAGAAAUUCACUUUCCCCAUUCGUUGGGGUGACGACUUGAAAAAAGAACACGAAAAGUUUUUGGUGAGUUAUUUCGAAAACACACCGGUAUUUGUAUGCGAUUUCCCUCUUGAAAUUAAACCUUUCUAUGCCCGAGUAAACGAAGAUGGACAAACCGUUGCUGCUGUGGAUCUCCUUGUUCCAGAAAUAGGGGAAUUGGUUGGUGGUAGUAUGAGGGAAGAAAGGUUACCUAUCCUCGAAAAAAGGUUAAAGGAAUUAUCUUUGGAUAAACAAUAUAGUUGGUAUCUUGACUUACGGAGAUUCGGUAACACAAAACACGGCGGGUUUGGACUUGGGUUUGAACGAUAUAUGCAAUAUCUUUUUAAUAUCUCUUCUAUUAAAGACACUAUUCCUUUCCCAAGAUAUUAUGGCAAUUGUAAGGUAUGAAAAAAAUCUCUACUCUUUAUACAAACGAAUUUGUAUAAAAACACCUCCCAAAACAACCGAGUUUAAAAAUAAAUAAAAAAUAUAUUGUUUUCUA